UUUUCACACUCUUUCUAAAAAUUAGUAUAUUUACUUAAAAUAAAAUAAAAAACUACUUAUUUAACUAAUAAUUUUUUUUUGAUAUUAUAUGAGUACUUUAUUACAACUUUUCUCUACCAAUCAAAUUUAAAAAAUAGAAAAAUGAAAAUUGAUGAAUUGGAUCACCACAAUUUAGCCCAAAGAAAAACACAGUCAACCCCUCUCACAGGGUAGGAAUGAUUUCGAGGUAUAGAUAGACAUAGUAACGGGCAACUUUAACUAUUGCUGCCUCGAUUUGAGGAAAAUAUCAAAUCCAAGACAAAAAUUUCAAUUAUACACUAUGCCAUACCAUUAUAAAUAUCCCCGUUCGCAAUAUCAUCACCAUUAUUUGAAUUUGCACUGCAACAUUCGUCACCGUUAGUUAUACCAUCACCAAUUCUUAAUUACUAAAAUAAUUAUUGGUUUCUCAAUAUGAAAAAGCUCGAGUGCAUUUUCUUUUGAAUAUCAACCAAAAAGAAAGAAAAAACUAAAGAUUUUGGAAGAUGACGGGGAAACCAAAAAGGAAAUUUUGGGCAUUUUUAAAAUGAGAAAGACGAACGUAAUAACCCAUUCUUUCUUACUCUGACAACGCCACAGAUGCUUUACAUGCAUCAUGUGAUCGUGGGGGACCCGAAACUUGGCAUACGGAAAGCACCAACGGCACAGCAUUAAAAGAAAUUGUGUAUAAUGUUAAAAGACCAUUAAUUCAGUCUCAUCCAACCACGCUUAAAAGUCUUCAUGCCUUUUCUCACCUCUGAUUUCAUCUAAUGAAAAGCGGACAAGUUGAAGGAUCACUCGUUGCUUGUGUGAGCUUUCAUUAUUUAUUAUUAUGUUUUAGGUAACCAUAGGAAGAAGCCAUUAACAACAGCAUGAAAAACAGCUAGUUUCUCCGCAAACAAGAUAAACUUUUAAACUUUUUACCACUGCACCCCCAAAAGACCAGUUUUUAACUCCACCUACCAAGCAUUCAAGAAGCACCAACCAACUUAAUUACCAGCUUAACAAGACAGUACAGGUUUCUGGGAUAUUUGUAGUCUCUCAAGGACAUCACCACCUCCACUCACCUUCCCAUUUUUCUGUAGCACCCCCCAAAAAGCUUGUGCUUGGAUAUGGCUGAAAACCCAGUAAAAUGGCUGUUUCUCAUUCUAGCUAGCUGCCUGUGUUUCGCUUUCGUCCUGUCGGAAAGCAACUCAUUAAUAAAGAAGACCUACAUCGUCCAAAUGCACAAGUCUGGAAUGCCAGCAUCAUUCUCCAGUCCUCUGGAAUGGUACUCAUCGAAAUUAAAGUCGGUAAUGUCCGAUACCCAGAGUGAAGGUGAAGGAGAUGGUGAAAAUAGGAUCAUCUAUAGCUACCAAAAUGCUUUUCAUGGUGUUGCCGCUCAGUUAACUGAAGAAGAAGCUGAGAGGCUAAAACAAGAAGAUGGUGUAGUUGCUAUACUUCCAGAGACCAAGUAUGAAUUACACACCACAAGGAGUCCUAUGUUCCUUGGAUUAGAACCAGAAGAAAGUACUAGCAUCUGGUCUCAAAAACUUGCGGAUCAUGACGUCAUAGUUGGGGUACUUGACACUGGAAUUUGGCCGGAAAGUGCUAGCUUUAAUGAUACAGGGAUGACACCCGUUCCUCCUCACUGGAAAGGAACAUGUGAAACUGGACGAGGCUUUAAAAAGCAUCACUGCAACAGGAAAAUUGUGGGUGCAAGAGUAUUCUACCGGGGAUAUGAAGCUGCCACUGGGAAAAUCAAUGAGAAAAACGAAUAUAAAUCACCUCGAGAUCAAGAUGGACAUGGUACUCACACAGCAGCCACUGUUGCUGGCUCUCCGGUACGAGGUGCAAAUCUUCUUGGUUAUGCCUAUGGAACAGCUAGAGGAAUGGCUCCUGGUGCAAGAAUUGCAGCCUACAAGGUUUGCUGGACUGGUGGAUGCUUCAGCUCGGAUAUUCUGUCAGCGGUUGAUAGAGCGGUGGGUGAUGGAGUGAAUGUGUUGUCGAUAUCUUUGGGUGGUGGAGCUUCAUCUUACUCUCACGACAGUUUGGCGAUAGCAACUUUUGGAGCAAUGGAGAUGGGUGUUUUUGUCUCUUGCUCAGCUGGCAAUGGAGGACCAGAUCCUGUCAGCCUCACUAAUGUAUCACCAUGGAUCACUACAGUCGGUGCUAGCACCAUGGAUAGAGAUUUUCCAGGUAAUGUUAAGCUAGGGAGUGGGAGAACCAUACCUGGAGUUUCACUCUACAAAGGGCGAAGGUUACUGCAGGCAAACAAGCAAUACCCUCUUGUUUAUAUGGGUAGUAACUCAAGCAGCCCUAAUCCAAGUUCAUUAUGCUUAGAGGGAACUUUGGAUCCACAUGUUGUUUCUGGGAAAAUUGUGAUAUGUGAUCGAGGAAUAAGUCCUAGAGUGCAAAAGGGUCAAGUAGUGAAAGAUGCUGGAGGAGUAGGAAUGAUUUUGACAAACACUGCAGCAAAUGGGGAGGAGCUUGUUGCAGAUUGUCACCUACUUCCAGCAGUUGCAGUGGGAGAGAUGGAAGGGAAAGCAAUCAAACAUUAUGCUUUAACAAAUGGGAAACCAACCGCAACUCUAGCCUUUGUAGGUACCAGAUUGGGUGUUAGGCCAUCACCAGUGGUGGCAGCAUUUUCAUCUAGAGGACCAAAUUUCCUCACACUUGAAAUUCUCAAACCUGAUGUGGUUGCGCCAGGGGUGAACAUCCUUGCAGCCUGGACUGGAGAAUUGGGUCCGUCAAGUCUUCCAACAGAUCAUAGGAGAGUGAGAUUCAACAUAUUAUCAGGGACUUCAAUGUCAUGCCCUCAUGUUAGUGGAAUUGCUGCCUUGAUCAAGGCCAGACACCCAGAUUGGAGUGCCGCAGCAGUUAAAUCUGCUCUAAUGACAACCGCUUAUGUUCAUGAUAACAUCCAUAAUCCACUCCAAGACUCUUCCACUGCAGCAGCUUCCACUCCCUAUGAUCAUGGAGCUGGUCAUAUCAACCCUUUGAAAGCUCUAGACCCAGGUUUGAUCUAUGACAUUUCAGCCCAGGAUUACUUUGUAUUCCUCUGCACACAGAAAUUGACUGCAAUGCAGCUAAAAGCUUUUAGCAAGCAUUCCAAUAUGUCUUGCCAUCACAACACCCUUGCCACUCCAGGAGAUUUGAACUACCCAGCAAUCUCAGUUGUCUUCCCAGAAGAUACAGCCAUUUCAACUUUGACUCUCCAUAGAACAGUCACAAAUGUUGGUCCUCCUGCUUCACAUUACCAUGUUGUAGUUUCACCAUUUAAAGGCGUCACCAUUAAAGUUGAGCCCAAAACUCUAAAUUUCACUAGAAGAAACCAGAAACUGUCUUACAAGAUCAGUUUCACAAGAAAAUCCCCACAAACAAUGCCUGAGUUUGGAGGGCUGGUGUGGAAGGACGGAGUGCACAAAGUAAGAAGCCCCAUUGCUAUCACAUGGUUACCACCAUUUUAAACUAGAUUUUCAGUCACCUAUGAUUCCAAAUAAACAUUAUGUUUUUAUAUAA